AUGUUCGGACGAAGACAUGCCCUGCUCGUCCUGUUCGCCCUGAUUGCUCUCCUCUCCACUGCACACGCAGCCUCCCCGGCCUCCUUCUGCAAGUGCACCUGCUUCACCAACAGUACCAUUAUCCACCUCGACGAUCCCUCGCCCUACAGCUCCAAAUCCGGCUCCUCCAAGUCCGACUCGUCUAAGAGCUCCGGCUCGAGCAUCUUUUCGCGCGCGAAAGACUCCAAGAAGACCGGCCGGACAUGCAACGACUGCAACAAGAAGUUCUGCUUGGAUUACAAUUUGCCUAUAUGCCACAGCGCUAAGGAGGAGGAUGUGUACUCCGAAUGUUUCCAGAGGGAUUCGGCCAAGGAUCAAGCAGUCGUCGUCAUAUUCAUCACUGCGACUGUCAGCCUGCUGAUCUAUGCUGCUGCGCGGCCCUAUGUUGAUCGCUGGCAGGAGAAAGUGAAGGAAAGGAGGACGUAUAUUCCUGUUUCUUCUCAAGGCGACCAAUGA